GUCAUCCGUGAUCCGUACGCGUGUUGGAAAACACCAAAAGCAUGAAUGGCUCACAUAUGCCAUGAAAGUUGUCCGCGUCCAAUCGGGUAAACCCCGGGGCAAAUCCCAAAGCGGUUUUGGUUUCUGGACCUGGAUACCGUUUUCGAUCCAGAAAGUUAUCCAGGUCCAGAAAUCCAGCAUUUAACUUUGAACCUUUUUUUUCCCCAAUCUUUUCCCGAACAACAACAACAAUCCCACCACACCACCAACCAACAACACCAUGACAGAUCACAACACGGAUCUGCGCCCUUCCAAGCGCCUGCGAACCGAACCCGAAACUGCCGACCGAACCUCACCAUCUGCAAAGGAAUCUAUCCAACCUCCCCCGGACUUCGACCUCGCCGCCCUCGCUGGCCCUGAAUCUUCCAACCCCUACCUCCCUCUCCUCUCCCCCCUUCCCACCUCCUUCCACACCACUCUCCUCGCCUACGCCGCCACCCGCGACCCCCUUAUAGCCUCUAUCCUAACCAAUGAACACGCCGCACACGUAGCGCGUGAACGCGCCCGCAUCGUCUCCUUCGAUCAUCACUCCCAACGCGCCUGGCAUCUCCUCAACGAAAAGUACUCCCCCUUCGACGUUUGUUCAGAAAUCGAUGGGAUGUUCAAGAAGAUUGCCCAAGCCGUUGAUGAAACGAGCUCGUUUGCUACGAAAAAGAACGCGGUGGAGACGAUGAGGCAGAUCUUGGAGAGCGUAUGCACAGCCCCGGAUACCCUAGGGGAGGAGGUAAAGAAUUCGUAUCAGGCGAGGGGCGAGUGGGAUGAACGGUUGGUAGAGCUUUUGGCGAGGUUUCAGCAGGUGGAGUUGGAAAGGUUAGCGAGAGAAAAUGAGGGAGAAUGGUUUGAGGAGCUUUGCUCGUUGAGGGAUUCGGGUGCCAGUUAUGGGAUCUUGAAGGGGUUAGAGGAGGCGGUUACGAUGUUGAGCGGUUAUGUUACGGAUAUAAAAGGACAUGGUGAUGAAGAGGAGGACAUAUGA